AUGGCAUCUAUUGCAUGGAGGGAACACAAGGGAUUCUGUAUAGAUCCCGAUUACGCACCUUCUAAACAAACCAUAACAACCAAUGGAAUUGACCUGCUACCUUGGCAUAAAUAUAUCGAAAAAGAAAAUGUUGAUGAAGAGUUCAAUACUCUUUCCCCUCAAGACACCACGCCAAACAAGAAAUUGACGAAGCUGGAAAAACGUGAAUUACGCCAAACGAAAAAGAUAAAUGUACAGCGACGGAAACAGAUGCAGAGGCAGAUGGAGUUAGAUUCGAGCAACACUGCAAUUGAAGCUACAUUCAAGCCUUAUCUAGCAAAGCAAGAGCUCAACCAAAUCUACAACAAGAUAAUAGCUAAGAAACCAACAGCCAAAGGAACAGCUUUGGACUUUAAAGUUGCCCAAUGUCACUCCAUAUCUGUAUACAAAUCUGAUUUGGAGCAUAUCCUCCCUGGAGAAUGGUUUAACGACAACAACAUCUCCUUUAUUUUUGAGCUUAUUAAAGAGACAUUCAUCAACCUGGGUCAAUGCCGACCAUUUACAAAUCAAGUUCAGUUAUUAUUUCCCAGUGUUGUACAACUAGUGCAACAUUUCCCUGCAUCUGAUAUCGAAAACCUUUUACCAAUGGAUGACUUGAAGAAACUGCGCUUCAUUUUCCUACCAAUUAACAUGAUUGAGGAGCCGCUAGAAGAGUUGGACUUGGAAACUGCAAAUAACGGAGACCAUUGGGUUUUGGGGAUCCUUUCACUCCUCGAUGAAAAGCUCUACAUUUACGAUUCAAUGAAGAUUGAUGAUGAUGUUAAAGGAGAUUCGCAGUUACAAAAUCUAUGCAAAAAACUUGAGAGUUGUUCAAACUUGGUACGAGGGAAAAUAAAAAUAGUCCUGUUGAACUGCGAUCAGCAACGCAACUUUGAUGAUUGCGGUGUGUUUGUAGUAAUGAUUACUUGUUACCUUGUCAAUCAGUUCUGUUUUGAGGAGGAGAUAUCGUUGGAUUUGUCACACAUUAAAUUCAACCCUUUGGAUGCGAGGCUUUCAUUGAUGAAGUUGGUGUCGAAAUUUAUAUCGUAG